AGGUUCAUAAUGGAAUUGCUGAUGGGCCAGGCUUUCGCAAAGUGCCGUGAGAGCAAUAGAGUGUGGACUUUGAGCCAAGCAGCUGUGGCUGGGAGUUGGAGAAUCAAGUCUCUAUCUUCAGUGUCACCAAUACACCCUGGCUCCCAAUAAGAUAAAGCAGGAACAGCCUCGGACUUUGUGCUGAGCGGUCGUCUCUGCCUCGCCUGGCUGGACUGGCACGGGGAGCCCUGGCUGGAGGAGGCAGCACAGAGGAAGUUACUGGCUGCGAAAGCUGAGCAGACACCAGCAAACUGAUCCCGACCAAUAGCGCCUCUGGACAUGACCCUUCUGGAAGGUUCUGUGGGGGUGGAGGACCUUGUGCUCCUGGAACCCCUGGAGCAGGAGUCUCUGAUCAGGAACCUCCAGCUGCGCUAUGAAAAGAAGGAGAUUUAUACCUACAUUGGGAACGUGUUGGUCUCGGUGAAUCCCUACCAACCACUGCCCAUCUACGACCUGGAGUUUGUCGCCAAAUACCGGGACUAUAGCUUCUAUGAGCUGAAGCCGCAUAUCUAUGCACUGGCAAGCAUGGCGUACCAGUCGCUGAGGGACCAGGACCGAGACCAGUGUAUCCUCAUCACGGGCGAGAGUGGCGCUGGGAAGACGGAGGCUAGUAAGCUAGUGAUGUCUUACGUGGCGGCCGUCUGCGGGAAAGGGGAGCAGGUGAACUCAGUGAAGGAGCAACUGCUUCAGUCAAACCCCGUGCUGGAGGCUUUUGGCAACGCCAAGACCAUUCGCAACAACAACUCCUCUCGAUUUGGAAAAUACAUGGAUAUUGAGUUUGACUUCAAGGGAUCCCCCCUCGGUGGCGUCAUCACGAACUAUCUGCUUGAGAAAUCCCGUGUGGUGAAGCAACUUGAAGGAGAAAGGAACUUCCACAUCUUCUAUCAGCUCCUGAUGGGAGCAGACGCAGAGCUACUGAAGGCCCUGAAGCUUGAGCGGGACCCAGGUGGCUAUGCCUACCUGAACCCGGACACGUCCAGGGUGGAUGGCAUGGAUGACGAUGCCAACUUCAAGGUUCUCCAGAGUGCGAUGACUGUGAUCGGCUUCUCCGAGGAGGAGAUUCGGCAGGUGCUAGAGGUGGCGGCCCUGGUGCUGAAGCUGGGGAACGUGGAACUGGUCAACGAGUUCCAGGCCAAUGGGGUACCAGCAAGUGGCAUCCGUGAUGGGAGAGGUGUUCAAGAAAUUGGGGAAUUGGUGGGUUUGAAUUCAGUGGAACUAGAGAGAGCUUUGUGCUCAAGAACCGUGGAAACGGCCAGAGAAAAGGUGGUCACCGCACUGACCGUCACCCAGGCUCAGUACGCCCGGGACGCCCUGGCCAAGAACAUCUACAGCCGACUUUUCAACUGGCUAGUGAAUCGCAUCAACGAGAGUAUCAAGAGGGGCCUGGCCACGUGUGCAGAGGGCUGGUCCUCAGAUGGAUCUUUUCCUCCUCUCCAGGUGGGUACCGGGGAGAAGAGGAAGGUCAUGGGGGUUCUGGACAUCUAUGGCUUUGAAAUAUUAGAGGAUAAUAGCUUUGAGCAAUUUGUGAUCAACUACUGCAACGAGAAGCUACAGCAGGUGUUCAUAGAGAUGACACUGAAAGAGGAGCAAGAGGAAUAUAAGAGAGAGGGCAUACCGUGGGUGAAGGUGGACUACUUUGAUAAUGGCAUUAUCUGUAACCUCAUUGAGCAUAAUCGGCAAGGCAUCCUGGCCAUGCUGGAUGAGGAGUGCCUGCGGCCUGGGGUGGUCAGUGACUCCACCUUCCUGGCGAAGCUGAACCAGCUCUUCUCCAAGCACAGCCACUAUGAGAGCAAAGUCACCCAGAACGCCCAGCACCAGUAUGACCACAGCAUGGGCCUCAGCUGCUUCCGCAUCUGCCACUAUGCAGGCAAGGUGACCUAUAACGUCAACAGCUUCAUCGACAAGAACAACGACCUGCUCUUCCGAGACUUGUCCCAGGCCAUGUGGAAGGCCCGGCACCCGCUCCUCCGGUCCUUGUUUCCUGAAGGGGAUCCAAAACAGGCAUCUCUCAAACGCCCCCCAACUGCUGGGGCCCAGUUCAAGAGUUCCGUGACCACUCUCAUGAAGAACCUGUAUUCCAAGAACCCCAGCUACAUCAGGUGCAUAAAGCCCAACGAGCAUCAGCAGCGAGGUCACUUCUCUUUUGAGCUGGUAAGUGUCCAGGCUCGGUACCUGGGGCUGCUGGAGAACGUGCGGGUGCGACGGGCAGGCUACGCCUACCGCCAGGCCUACGGGUCCUUCCUGGAAAGGUACCGAUUGCUGAGCCGGAGCACGUGGCCUCGCUGGAAUGGUGGAGACCAGGAGGGGGUCGAGAAGGUCCUGGGGGAGCUGAGCAUGUCCUCGGAGGAGCUGGCCUUUGGGAAGACAAAGAUCUUCAUCAAAAGCCCCAAGACUCUUUUCUACUUGGAAGAGCAGAGGCGCCUUCGGCUCCAGCAGUUAGCCACGCUCAUACAGAAGACAUACCGAGGCUGGCGCUGCCGCACCCACUACCAACUGAUGCGCAAGAGUCAGAUCGUCAUAUCCUCUUGGUUUCGGGGCAACAUGCAAAAGAAACGCUACGGGAAGAUGAAGGCAUCAGCGUUGCUGAUCCAGGCUUUUGUGAGAGGGUGGAAGGCCCGGAAGAAUUAUCGAAAGUACUUCCGCUCAGGGGCUGCCCUCAUCUUGUCGAAUUUCAUCUACAAGAGCAUGGUACAGAGAUUCCUACUGGGGCUGAAGAACGACCUGCCUUCUCCCAGCAUCUUGGACAAAAAGUGGCCGUCUGCCCCUUACAAGUGCUUCAGCACAGCCAACCAUGAGCUCCAGAGGCUCUUCCACCAGUGGAAGUGCAAGAAAUUCCGGGAUCAGCUGUCCCCGAAGCAGGUAGAGGUCCUGAGGGAGAAGCUCUGUGCCAGCGAGCUGUUCAAGGGCAAAAAGGCUUCAUACGCCCAGAGUGUCCCUACUCCGUUUCACGGUGACUACGUCGGGCUGCAAAGAAACCCCAAGCUGCAGAAGCUGAAGGGUGGGGCAGAAGGGCCUAUUCUGAUGGCUGAGACUGUGAUGAAGGUCAAUCGUGGCAACGGCAAGACUUCCUCGCGAAUCUUCCUCCUGACCAAGGGGCAUGUGAUCAUCACAGACACCAAGAAUCCCCAGGCCAAGACUGCCAUCCCACUAAGCAGUUUGGCCGGGGUGUCGGUCACCAGCUUCCAGGAUGGGCUUUUUAGCUUGCAUCUGAGCGAGAUCUCCUCGGUGGGCGCCAAGGGGGACUUCCUGCUGGUCAGUGAGCACGUGAUUGAGCUGCUGACCAAGAUAUACCGGGCUACGCUGGAUGCCACGCAGACACGGCUUCCAGUCACCGUGACUGAGGAGUUCGCAGUAAAGUCCAAGGAGGGCAGCUUGACGGUCAAGGUCGCCCAGGGCCCUGGGGGUGGCGGGACCGGCAAGCUGAGCUGCAAGAAGAAGGGCAGUCGUUGCCUGGAGGUGACUGUACAGUGAGGACGCGCGGCAGUUUCUCCCUCCUGGACCGGCGCCGGCCCCACCCGUACCCGCCCGCCUUUGUGGGGGGAUCUCGAGUCUGAACCCCCUGAUCGGCUGUGGGGGCGGAGACUGAAGAACCCUUGAAGAGGACCUAGCUUCUCCCAAACCUUCCCAGAACUCUCUCCAAAGUCAGCUUCCUCCCACCCUCGGCCUCUUUGCCCACUAAUAAUGUGACAAGAGACUUUGCGAACGUUUGAUCACAUGGGUGGGUCCCUGCUCCGUCCUUUCUCCGGCUUGUACUUAGACCCUCCGGCCCCUCCCUUUCCUCUACUGGGGCUCCUUGGAGCCAGAUAAUGCAGACAAUAAGAACGAAAAAGAAGGGAAAUUGUCUCUGGGCUCCUUGACCGGCUGAGCUCUGGCAGGGUCUGGAGAGACUAGGGUGGGGGCAGGGCAGUCCGGGAUAGGGCUCAGGUCGCAGGUGGCCAAUGAGCUGAUUCAUUAAAUGUGUCCCUGGAGGGAAGACGUGAGGAUCUCUGUCUCGUCAGAUAUGGGGAUCCUUUCGAGAUUUAGCCUGAAAGGGGGCCCAAGGCUGGGGGGCUCAUGUGAGCAGAGGUGAGCUGGGUCCACAGCUCCAUGCAUGGUCCCUUCCAUCCCCGGCUCAGCACUGGACUUCCUCACACCUGCCCCCUGGCACCCCCUGUUUUUCCAUACACUGGAGAUGUCAGGCUGCUGCCAGCCGUCACCUUGCGAAUCACUGCCCUGCAGCUGGGGCCUGCAGCUGGUGGCGCUUGACAGGGGGCUGCUCCCCCACCCAGACUCUGUCAUCCCCACGACUGACGUCUUCCUUCUUGUCUUCAUUUGUUUUCCAUGUGUCAUCGACAGUAUUUCUUUCUGGGUUUCCAGCUGUCUCACACCAUCUCACUGUCCCCGUUUCCGAGGGCUCUGACUGAUGUUAACACGUGAUAUUUUGUAUCAUGCUUUAGAUGUCCCCCCACUUCCUCUGUAUCUAUUUCCUGGUAGAUGCUGUAUCGUCUCAGCCUCUUCUGCCCUGGUGUCUACCUUUAGGGAACAGGCAGCUCCUUUGUCUGCAGUUAGGGGUAGAUCGCUCGCGAGAGCACAAAAAUGGCUGCCUUUGUUUCUGUCUGGGUGGCUCUGCCUCCUUCCAUGGUCUCUGCCUUCCCUGCUUCUUCCGUGUUUCCGCUGAGCUCACCGUGCCUUGAGGACAGGGUCUCCCUCCACCUCAGCUUCCAUCGGCAGGCAGCUCACGCCCCAGGUGAUCAUGCUGGCGGGAGACCUGAUUAACUCCUCGUCUUGCCUGCAGACGAAUCUAGCUCUCAGGGCACAAGCCAGCCCUGAGUGCUGGCACACCCUGCCCUGAGCUGACAUAGGACCCAGGGAGGCAGCUCUUCCCUGUGGGUGAGCAUCUAGAGCUGCCAUGGGUAGGGGAGCUCUGUCCUGAGCUGGGGCUCUGGCCACCCUUCCGCCACCCCAACCUCUCGGAGUCAGGCUGAGAGGGGUCGGUGACCAGAGCCUGCCCGCCCCGGCUCUCUGCCUCAUCUCCUGCUCCCAGGGCCCAAAUUGUCGUCACUUUCCCAGUGAAGUGUCUGGUCAUUUUCAGAAGCGAUUCCAGGAGAAUCUGCAGCUGCUGCUCCCUCUCCUGCUUUCCCUUUCCCAGGGCUGAAGGCACUGUCAGCUCUCCGGGCUGGGGAUGGGGCGAGGGGGAGGGGGCAGGGUUCCUGACCCCCUUCCUGCCCUCCCCCUCAGUCAUGUGGGUGGAUGCUAGGCUGAGGAAGGCACGUGGGGAUACUCUCUCCUUUACUUUCCCACCUCACCCUCCCCUCCGUCUUUCCUGUCUCUGCUUCUCUUCUGGAAUUCAAGAGCUUGUGUUUCCAUCCCCUGAAGGCUAUAGGGGCUGUUUCCCUACCCUUGUCAUGGGGCUUGAAGUGGCUCCAUCAUGGUGGGAGAAGCUGAAGUUCUGCCUCCCGCUCCCUGCCACCCAUCCAACUCUCUCAGUCUUGGCCGUUUGAGCCUCUGAUAGGCACCAGUCAUCCCAGCACCCCCUAACCGCAGCGAGGAGUCAUUCUGCCGUCUCACGGCACAAACCAGCUCUCGCUCAGCCCUCCAGGCUCAGCCCCUUCUGCCCCAGGCUCCGAGGGGCUCCCGUUCCUCCUGCUGCUGGUUGUCUCCCAGCUGUGUCCUGGCCACGGGGUUUGGCAUCCUCCCAUUCCUCACCGGUACCUCUCCGCCCAGUGUCGCCUGUGGCUCUGGCCCCUCCCGCAGCAUCCAGCAGCACCCCUCCAGGACGUUGAAGGGGUCCAUGUGCUGCCCCGCAAACAGUGGGUGUGCUGGACAGACACAGGCCAUCUCGAGCGCGCGAGUACACGCUCCCCCUCGACCCCUGGGAUGGGCUGACCUGCUCGUCUCGUCUCAGCUCCCCCAUUUCCUGGCCUCACCGCCAACCUGAAUCAGCAGUAAAGAGAGGGGCGGGCCCCAGAGGGGAUCCUUCUAGGGAUUCUGCUCCUCUAGGCCAGUGACAGGGUCUGAGAUGUGGCUCAAGUCACACGUGUUCAAAGGGAAAAACACCCAGGUGCUUUGUAGCUGCAGUACCUGCUUUACAUGCUAUUUGCACACGAUCUGUGGGCAAAGUGAAGCCCAGCCCGUCCUUGCCUCCCUCCUCCAUCACCGCUCUGACUUAGCACCAGCUCUUUCAAGUCUUUGCUAAUCCCAGAGAUCAAGGGGUGAUCCAUUCUCCCUGCCAUUCCCUUGCUCCCCCCGAUCUUUGGCUCCUGCCAUCCUGUGAGAUGCCUUAUCAUCAAAGGACAUUAUUCAUGCUGGACCUUUGCUGAAGCCUUGCUUCCCUGGUACCAGGGCAUGGGGGCAGGGUUGAAUGGGGUGGUGGGGGGCAGACUUUAGUCCUUGGCCCUCGUCUAAUAUGUUCUUCCUCCUGCACCCCUAAUUCCCUCCAACCUGUACGGCUUGGACCUGCUUUUCCAGAUUGGUGAGAGGAGACGAGGGGAGGAGGUGGGAGAUGUCCAGGUCCAAUUAAAAUAGUAUCUGAACUGCUCAAAGGCAUGAACCAGUCAUAUUAUUUACAUGUAGACAGCCUUCCCCUUCUGCCCUUUAUCCCAACCCUGAGUCUGGGGCCAUGGUUUCCCCAGAGAGCCAUGUAAUUAGCUGGGUAGUUACAUGAGGCCGCAGUGGCCUCUCGUGUAAUUCCAUGGGGUCCCAAGGAGUCGGACACUGAGUGAAUGAGCAUGCAGGAACAAGACCUAGCUGCUGCCCUCACCUGGGGAUGAACCUGGAGUCCCGUGCAGCCAGAAUGACCUCUCAGUACGGCCCAAGUCCGAGGGUGGGUGGGCUGGGGAAAGAAACAUUUCAGGACUCUAGCAACGCUCGAGAGGCUUCAUGGGAGAUCCACACUGUGGGUGGCAAUGUGAGAAGCUGGACUCAGGCUACCAUUUUUGUUUUAUAAAUAAACUUUUAUUGAGCACCUAUUAUAUGCCAAACACGAUAGAGCUGGGAAUUCAAUAGCAAACAGAUGAAAAGUCCUUGCCCUUGCUAAGCUGACAUUCUGGUGGGAGGUGAGGUCGACAGACUUUGAGUAAAUUUGUAGUAUGUUUGAUGUAAUGUAUGAAGAAAAGAAAUGAGGGGAUAUGGAGAAUGGAGUGGUAGUAAUUUUUUUUUAAAAAUCUUCUUUUCUGGCCAAGCCGAGAGGGAUGUGGGACCUUAGUUUCCCAACUGGGGGCUGAACCUGUGCUCCUGUAUUGGGAGCUCGGAGUCUUAACCACUGGGCUGCCAGGGAAGUCCCUAGUGGUAGCAACUUUAAAUAGGGUGAUUGGGAGAGGUGCUGGUGAGUGGGAACCAUUGUAAUAAAUAUGCACCAGAGCUAUGAUUCUCUUCCAAAUCCCAAGAUGUAGAAGGAUACCCGGUCCCCAUCUCUAGGUCUUUUGGGGAGGUGGACCCCCACCCCUCUGGGGGACCUGACUCUCCCCUUGCUGGUCAAAGUACAGACCAGCGCAGUACAAUGAAGGGGAGGUUGGGAGGAGAAACGCCUGGAUUUGAGGCUGUUCUCCAGGAGCUACCUGUCCCGACGCGUGUGGCUGAACUUUCUGAGCCUCAGUUCCCUUGUCUGAAAAUAGCAAUGUUUCCCGCUCACACAGUGGAGGUGAUGAAAAUCAGUUGAAUUGCUCCCUGCCAAAGUACCUUGCAGAUGUUCAAAUUCUUC